AGUCAAGAAGCUACUUUCAGCUGUUGUAAAAAUGUAUGUAUCAAACAUGACUUGAAAGAAGUUUGACUUUGCAUUGUAACAUUACUAAACCCAGUGGUGUCUCAGGUAAACCUGAUGCAAUCAGUCAAGGGUUUCAUUAGUUCCAUGAGGUGUGUUUGAGAUAGAAAACUGUAAGUACCUGGACUAUUGACUUAGAUGUUGUAGAAAUAUGGCUGAGUCAGGAGAAUUGCCCAAACAGUUCAGAGAAAAGCUCACUGUUUCACAGGAAAAGACCAGAUACAAACAAAGACAGAAAAAGGCUCUGAAUGUAUCAAGUGAUGCAGCAGGAAAUAUGCCUCACAAGUUUCAGAUGAAGGUGCCUUCACCACCUAGGCAUUACUAAAAGAGGAAGCUAUUAAUGACUGUCAUCGAGGAGGCGGUUGACCAAAGGCCCUUGCUGACCGCCAAAGACGUGUGGCAAGACUUGGUGGCAGCAACCGCGGAGGUUUUAGUUACCAGAAAAAGCCACAUAAUAAACACUGAAGGGCUUUUUGCCUGAACUUCAGGCAAGAAGUAUACCAACACUGACCAAAAAAAACAAAACAAAAAGAAAAGUCCACUCCAAUUUCCUCACAGCUCAGUAAAUAAACCAAAGGGUUUUGGGAAUUCUGUUCUAUGGAGCGACGAAUUAAAACUGGAUCUUGUAGAUCAGUGGUACAGUACAAAGUGAAGUGACCCUAAUGGUCCCCUGAAUUAAUAACAUGAAAGAAGCUAUGAAUCAUGAAUGGAGGAGUCGAUAACCAAAAGGGUUCUGUACCAAGUAUGAAAGAUGCUAUUCUGACGGAGGAAUGUAUUUUUUGUGAAACUGCAGUAGUUAUUGAAAAUGGCAUAUUGUGUUUAAUUGCGAGACCUACUAAUUGAGCAGUGCAAAUUGUUUUUGUUUGGUUUGUUCAUGAGGAAGCAUACAUUUUGCCAGGAGGCCUCAUUUCCAACAGAGGUUGAGACUCUUCCUCUCCUCACCCCAGACCGAACGCAAACCCUCUCAUCGUCCUCCAACCGGGAAGAUUGCCACCGGCCUGCGCCUCUUGCACAGCUUGUUUUGACUGUAGCUCUUUAUCUUGCUGUGUCAUAACUCGCAAUUAUCUCAGUCGACAAGCCACAUUCAGGGUGGAAGUCAGCAACCAUGACCGCACAUAUUUCCCAACAGGAAGUUUGCUUCAUCAUCCAUCUGUGUCUCGGUAAAGGCAUCAAUGAACUCACGUUGUCAACAAGAAGAGGUGUGAGAGCUUUCCCGACUAAGCUUUCGUUUAGUCGGUGUGUCUGAGUGACAUCACAAACAGCUUUCAUUUCUCACAGCAGUGGAUCGCCGGCAUGUGCAGAGUCAAAUAAGCAAAGUGAGGAAGCAGCUCAGUCCUCUGCUGCCUCUCAACAGGAAGGAGCAACUUGUGAACUGUGACUUGCCAAAACCUUACCACCUUUUAUCUUCAGUACCUCUUUAGGAGGCGACACCUUUUGUUCUAAGGAGUUUACGGAAAUAUGCUCUGCAUGCUGCCAGAAAGGGGGAACUAGUGCUCAUUCUCCUUAUGCCGCCCCUCCUCUUCUGAAGAACAAUAUCCCCUUCUAAACCCAACCUCCCCUAACCUCUCUACUUUUCCUGUUGUCUGCUUGGUUUUAUUUUGCCACAAACUGCUCGGAUGAGUGCAGAUGGUUCUCAGAGUGUGGACGACUCGCUGAGACAGGACUAAGAACGUAAGGUCCUUGCUGGUCAUGGGAUGCUGCAGCGUGACUCAGAGGCAUACGGGAGUGGACGAAGUGGGUCCAGAUGAAAUUGAACUGCUGGAACUCUCUGGAGACAAUUUGGGAAUAUGGAGUCUGAGCGAAAACAGAGUUCAGCUGUCGGUGAGGAACAGCAGAGAUGAGCAGCAGCUGGAACCACAGCUGCCAUGCAAAGCCUCCGUGCGACACCUGGAACAGGAGGUGGUGCUGUGGGGCAGGACCAGAGAUGAGCUCCACCACAGGAUUUACUCUCAGCAGCCCAUCAGGGGCUGGGAGGGCCAACCUGCUCAUGUUUAUGGAGAGGUCAUCCACUCCUCUGUGGUGUCUUUCUACAACAACUAUUCAGAGGAACAAAGUGAACGCUUCUUGUUGUUGUUCUCUUUUCACCUUUUAAUCCUCUCUCUGGAUCACUCCCAAGAAGACUUCAUUUAUGAGGGUAUACUUCCUGUUUCUGGCCUGUCUGUUCGAGCCCUAUCCCUGCAGCUGGAUGCGUCACGUCCAACACACAUGUUUGAGAUCACCAGUGCUAUGAUGGACUCCAAGGUGUUUGCAUGUGCCAGUGCAGCAGAGUCACAGAGAUGGAUUCAGCACAUAGAAGACCGGAGAUAUGAGUCCAUGAUGCAACCCAUGAGUCCCUCCCAGUGUGCUCUUUCUUAUCUUCUGCCUUGCGAUGAAAACUGGAAAAGAGAGGAGCUGAAGAAAUAUCUAAUGCAGGCUCCUAUCUGGAACUGGGAGGGCUCACCCAUACACCACAUGGGUCAGCCUGGACACAUCUCGAUUGUUCACAUCAUCAACACUCAAAGACAGGGUCUCCAAGAAAGACUGAUGAUUCUCUUUCCUCAAGAUCUCCUGCUACUUUCUGUGGACAGUAAGCGGCUGCAUAUAAAAUAUGAGGGCAGGUUGGCCAGACAGAGCUUCAAGGCAGUGGAGCGCUCUGCACUUCCUGGACGCUUAGAGUUUGAACUAAGAGGGGAGCUGCUGGAGACGCUGCAGGUCUCCUGCACCUGUGUGGAGGAUUACCAGGCCUGGAUUUUCCAUCUGCAGCAGCCAGACAGAGACAACCACAUUAUCAUGAGUCAGCCGCCGCCUCCCUUGAUGCCAAAGCUGCAGAGGAACAGGAAGGAGUCGCAGGAGCCGAUUUUAGCAGCCGACCAGUGUCACGUCAACGGCAGGAGCUGACCUGCAGUUCUCAGAAAAAUCUUUAAAACCGGACUGUUCAAUAUAAAUCCAAAUCAACUUUUAGAUAAAGUAUUUAUGUUUGCCAUAAUAAGGGUGGAACGCUCUUUUCCUAAUUUAGAUAUAAAUCGUUGAGUUGAUUAUUUGUAUGUACCGGAUAAGGAAGUCUGGUCUAUUUCACGUGUGACCAGACUGAAAGCAGGUCAUGACCUGGUUUCAGAGGAAAGAUGGUAAAUAUGUAGAGCAGAAAGCCGGGGCUGAACAAAAUGUACAUUUAUGUAUGUAGAACUUUACUGAUAGUUUUCAAAUAAAGACUCGCAACCUGA